AUGAUAGAACUCAACUACAAAAGAGGCGAGGUUAUCGAUGUGCAAGAAGAGUUUGGAGUAAAACAAGUUGAAAAGAACAAGUAUGUAGGGAACAAGCCAUUAGUCAAGCCGAAUGUUGUCUCAAAGGGAGCCUUUGGGGGCAAUCUAGCAGGGCAAGCGUUGCUUGUGGCCAUGAAGUCGGCAGAUGCGCAAUUUAAACCACAUUCAUUGCACUCAUACUUUAUCAGCGCUGUCAACAGUGAAGAUCCAGUUGAGUGGGAAGUUGAAGAGAUCUCCACGGGAAACAACUUUUGCAACAGAUCGGUUCGUGGCCUGCAGAACGGGAAAACCGUAUACUUUGCCAAUAUAUCGCUUACCAAGCGCAAUUCAUAUAGAGAAAGCUUGCAAAAAUACGAGGAGCACGCACGCAGGGUUCAGGAGAGAUUAAACAAACAGGGUAAUGGUGGUGGUAACAAUGACGACGACGAAAACGACAAUGAUGACGAUAACGUGCCACAGAAGCCGUUUCGCUUCCAGUCUCCCAUACACAAAUGGUUCCAAAUCAACCAGAAUAAGGAACUUCCCGUUUCGGAUAUAGAGUCCAACAUGUUGUGCUAUUUCAAGUUCUUUCCCGAGUUUUUGCACUUGGACCAGUCGAAAUAUGAAGACGACAUCCCUGUUGCGGAGCGGAGAUUUGCAUUCAUGGUCAGAUGGGGCAUAGAUAACGAGCAAGGGUUCCAUCAACCGGUGAAGAAUGUCGACGAGCAGUUCCAAUACGUCGGUUUGGGCAAUUUGUCCGACUCCUUAUUGCUCAAUGUUUUAUUGAGAGUGCUAAGGAUCGAGGAUGUCCAGUUGAAAGACUACCACAAGACGUUUUUCGGGGUGAGCUUGGAUCAUGUGUUGUAUAUCCACGAUGACGAUUUCGACGUCACGCAAUGGAUGGGGUACUGUUUCAAAGCCAUUCGCUUUAGCCACGACAGAAUAAUCAUGGAGGGAGAAUUGUACAAUCACAACGGCAUCCAUGUUGCAACCGUUGUCCAAGAGGGAUUGAUCAGAUUCGCAGGUAAAGAAGAAGGCGCCAAGUUAUAA